AAGUCUGGAGCAGACACUGGGAGAGUCAGAGGCACAUCCGGUGUUAGAAGAACUGUGCAGGCUCCUGGGAGGCCGGUGCUGGAUUCUGCCAUCCUGUGAGUGUGCUCUCUAGAGGAUGUGAGUUCAUCAUGGUUAUGAAAGGCUGUGGUCGGUCCUGCAACAGCCUGCAAUAAUUGCACCAUCUAGACCAAGAAGGCCCAGAGCCCCGGGACUUAGAGCUGUGAGCAGCAGCUUUAGUAGGUUCCUCAGCUUCUCACUGUAUCCAUCCUUAAGAACAGAACUAACAAAAAAAUUGAGAGCGGAGACUGUGUCCCACAGACUCUGGCAUCAUGAACAUAUUUGAUCGGAAGAUCAACUUUGAUGCACUCUUAAAAUUUUCCCACAUAACCCCCUCAACACAGCAGCACCUGAAGAAGGUCUAUGCCAGUUUCGCUCUCUGUAUGUUUGUGGCGGCCGCGGGGGCCUAUGUCCACGUGGUCACUCAUUUCCUUCAGGCUGGCCUGCUCUCUGCCUUGGGCUCCCUGGGGUUGAUGAUUUGGCUGAUGACUACACCUCAUAGCCAUGAAACUGAGCAAAAAAGACUGGGACUUCUUGCUGGAUUUGCUUUCCUUACAGGAGUUGGCCUAGGCCCUGCUCUGGAGCUGUGCAUUGCUAUCAACCCCAGCAUUCUUCCCACCGCCUUCAUGGGCACAGCAAUGAUCUUCACCUGCUUCACCCUGAGUGCCCUGUAUGCCAGGCGCCGGAGCUACCUCUUUCUGGGAGGUGUCUUGAUGUCAGCCAUGAGCCUGAUGCUCUUGUCUUCCCUGGGGAACCUUUUCUUUGGAUCCAUUUGGCUUUUCCAGGCAAACCUGUAUGUGGGGCUGGUGGUCAUGUGUGGCUUUGUCCUUUUUGAUACUCAACUCAUUAUUGAAAAGGCUGAAAAUGGAGAUAAGGAUUAUAUCUGGACAAGAAGAAAGAGAAGAAGUGAAAUGACCAUGCAGCCUUUCCCAUUUUGGCCUCUCUCCCUCCACCCCUCAUUUCCUCUUCGCACACAUUGCAGGUGGUGUGUUCUGUGAUAAUGAAAAGCAUCAGAAAAGCUUUUGUACUUUGUGGUUUUCUCUAUUUUGAAUUUUUUGAUCAAAAAACUGAUUAGCAGAAUAUAGUUUGGAGUUUGGCUUCGUAUUCCUGGGGUUCUUCCCCAUUCCCUUUUCUGUCCAGCCCGUCCCUAGCCUCUUCCUCCGCUCAGGCAGCCAGACGGUCACCGUGAUGAGGAGUGGGACCCAAAGCACAGCAAACUCCAGGAGUCCGCUUUCCACCCGAGCUUCACCAGGUGCACCUGAACUGUUGGGUAGAGCUACCUCGGCUCUUUUCCUCAGCGUCGUGUGGUUUGUGCACAGUUCCUGUGGGGCUGGGCAGUGUGCUUUCCAUCGGAGAGGAGUUUGGUGGUCCUGUUGUAAAUCAGGCUCAUUACAUCUGAGCUACUGUCAACCCCUACAAAGAAAACGAAGAGCCUCUUCUGUUGGAUGCUUUGCUUCCUCUGAGCUGCCCAAGCCGCUGCUGGUCUGGCAAACACACCGUUCUGUCUUGCUGUCCCAAAAGGAAUGUGGAUUGACGUGUUCCCUUUCCCUGUCCCUGGUCUGACCCUCAGGGAAUCUGCCGGUUUUCCAUCCAUGGGGCGGGAGGAUUUCAGCACAAAGGAAAGACCGAUUCUUGUCAGGUAUUUAUGAAAAGGCUGGUUAUGUAUGGCAAGAGAGAGCAUAGAAUUCCCAAACUUCCCCUGUCUUUAUUUUUAUUUUUUAUCACCUUAGUUGCUGAGUUUCCUCCCCCACCUGGCUUCGAUUGCAGAUCCCAGGAGAGGAAGGCUAGGGAAGGGAAUGGUUGAGCCCGGGGGUAAUCUUAGGGGGUAAUCGUAAACUAAUCCUGCCGGACAGACCCAGAUGAGGACCUGUUUGGGGCAGGGGGGGAGAAGAACGCUGCUAACUGAAUGGUUCUUUGUUGAGAGCGGCAGAAGUGGGUUGUGAUGACUCGGGAGGCAGCAUUCAUAACAGUCCAGUGCAUUUCUGUCUUCUCCCACCUGGACGCCAAUAGGGUCAGGCCGGAGAUGUGGGGCGGUAGAUAAACGUUCAUUUUACGGAUGCACUUUAGUUUUUGGUCUCUUCACCUAUUCCCAGAAAUCUGUAGCCUUCCAGCCAGGGCCAGGUGACCAAACCUGCAAGACCUCUGAUUCCCUCCAGCUUGCUUGGUGGUGGUGAGUGUGGGAGGCCAGCACUCAUGGGGAUCGCCGGCGCUUUCGCAGGGCGCUGCCGCAGGGCACUGGCGGAGAAGGGCAGGCAGCCUGGAGAGCAGUUGUAGCUCCAGCUGUUCCCAGGGCUUCCGUGGAAGGGGCCUGAGCCAUCAACAGCUCAUUGCCAGGAGGAUACCAGUUUUGGCUCUCCCAUGCACAAGCAGCACACGGCUUGACCCAGCGGCUGCUGGUUCGCAGCGCGCCGUAUCAUCGUGCUAGCCCGAGAAGCGGUUCCCAGGGAGUUUGUGCAUUCCUGGAGUGGCGCGCUGCCCGGAAUGGCUGGCUUCUGCAGAGGAUGCUGCCCUCUGACUAGCUGCUGCCUCCAGCCUCUGGCUUGAGAACUUUGGAUAAAGGGACUUCCUUCCCCUUAAACACCCAGUCGCCCUCUCUGUAAAUUUGUUGAUUCUCUCCAAGGCCUGAGAAUCCUGAGUUACAUCUCUUGAAGCCAAACUCCACCUCUUGUGCUUUUUUGCUUGGGAUAAAGGAGUUUUUCUUUAGAAACAGUGCCAAGAAUGACAAGAUCUAAAAAACGACUUUUAAAGAAAAUGCCUAACAGGUUUUUAAUACAGUAAUCACUGUAAUUAUCACUUUCUUUUCUAGUUCCUUGGUUUUCAGCUCAGGCUGCAUUCUCUAACUCAUACUGUGAAGACAGAGGUGUUUUUGAUUCAGAAAUAUAUGAAAUCUCCAUAGUCUUAAUUUGUAAAAAAUAAAGAAAAUUCCUUAACCUUU